AUGGUCACAUUUAUCAAAAACGACCGUGGACAGCUCAACAACUUACGUUUUACAAUGCGCAAUCUGGAAGACAAUUUCAAUUUUGCUCACGGAUAUCCCUACGUUGUUUUCUCAAACGAAAAUUUAAGCGACGAAUUCAAAGAACUUUUAAAUUCCAUCACUCGCGGUCAAGUAUUUUUCGAAACGUUGGACAAGCACAUGUACGGCUACGCACCGAGUAUCGAUUUGAUCAAAGCAGCCAAGGCUCGUAAAGACAUGAAAAACGUCAUGUUUGGUGAUGAUGAAGACUACCGCUUUCAAUCGCGCUUUAUGUCUGGCAUGAUCUUUAGGCAUCCCAUCUUGAAAAAUCUCGAUUACUACUGGCGUAUUGAAGCUGGUACCGAGUACGUCUGUCCUAUUAAUUUUGAUCCGUUCCAGUACAUGCAGGACCAUGAUAAAAAGCUAUCCUUCUCAAUGGCGCUUUACGAAUACCACGAAACCAUUCCCACUCUUUACGAUACAGCCAUGCAAUUUGCUUCUGAACAUGAAACGUGGAUACAAAAGAAUCAACCGGGGAGUCUGUGGAAGUUUAUUCUCAACGAAUCACAAGAAUACAAUCGAUGUCACUUUUGGAGCAAUUUCCAGAUCGCCGAUCUCAAAUUCUUUCAAAGUGAACAAUAUCAGGCUUUCUUUGAUUAUUUGGAUAAAGCGGGUGGCUUCUUUUACGAACGAUGGGGUGAUCCUGUGAUUCAUUCGCUGGCAGCAGUCCUCUUUCUUGAAAAGGAGCAAGUGCAUUUCUGGGAUAAUAUCGGCUAUCGCGUAGCGAAUUCAUUUACCCAUUGUCCGACCAACCUUUCUCUCUAUUCGCAGUGUUCUUGUCGUCCUCAACAAAAUUUUGACAAUGACGGCUACAGUUGUUUGCAAUUCUUUCUCUCAGCAUAG